AUGGCGAACCUGUUCCUGAAGCAGGCGAAGCACUACGCGGCGGCGCGGCCCGACUACCCGGCGGAGCUCUUCCAGUUCAUCGCGUCCAAGACGGCGCGCCACGACCUCGCGUGGGACGUCGGCACCGGCAGCGGCCAGGCCGCGGUCUCGCUGGCGAAGCUGUACAAGAAGGUGGUGGGCACGGACACGAGCGCGCAGCAGCUGGCCUACGCGCGGGCGCUCCCCAACGUGCGCUACGCCCACACCCCGGCGGACCUGCCGCUCGAGGGCAUCCACGCGGCCGUCGCGCCGCCGGGCACCGUCGACGUGGUCACCGUGGCGCAGGCCUUCCACUGGCUCGACCUGCCGCGCUUCUACGCGCAGACCCGCUCCCUCCUGCGCGCGCACGGCGUCCUCGCCGCAUGGUGCUACACGGAGCCCCGCGUGGGCGCCGCCGUCGACGCCGUCUUCUGGCGCCUCUACGACGGCUCCCAGCCCCACUGGGCUCCCAACCGGAAGAUGGUCGACGACGAGUACCGCAGCGCCUACUUCCCCUUCGACCCCGUCGACGGCGAGACCCACACUGGCCCCUUCGAGUUCUCCACCGAGCGCCGCAUGGACCUCGACGACUACUUCACCUACAUCAAGUCCUGGUCCGCGUACCAGACCGCCAAGGACAAUGGCGUCGAGCUGCUCGACGACGAGACUGUGCGGGAGUUCGCCGACGCGUGGGGCGGCGACCGCCAGGAGGUCAAGACGGUGACGUACCCCAUCUUCCUCAGGAUCGGCAAGGUGAGGCCUUGA